AUGGAGCAGAGAAGGAAAAUGGAUGGGACACUCCAGUUCUGGCCAGUUGAUGGACUUGGGAGGGUAUUCUACAAUCAUUCAGUGCCAGAAAAGCCUGCCAUUGCACCACCCGUCUUUGUGUUUCAGAAGGAUAAAGGACAAAAGUCCUCUGCAGAGCAAAAAGGCUUGCCGGAUUCGGGAGAGGCGCCUCAGGGGGAGGCUGAGUCCCCCCACCAUGGUAUGGGUCACCCAGAGUCAGCUGGUGAGCAUGCCUUAGAGCUUCCCAUUCACGCUAGUGCCUCAGCCAGCGCUUCUCCGCUUCCCGCUUCCGAAGCCCGGCCUACUUCUAUUCAGCAAGAACUGGCAGGGGACAGAAGCCUUCCAAGUCUACAAUCUCAUGCUGGAUUAGAGGUUACAUCUGAGUCAUAUUCGGCUACAGGGACUAAGCCACCUCAGAGAAUCUGGCCUCAUUCAAUCAGGGCUACGACUGGUUCCUGGGCAGAGAAAGCUCUGACUCCAACAGAAGAAACUUAUAAGAGGUCUGCUGAUGGUUCAAGUCCAGAAGAUGGAGAAGAUUCUGAUCGAGAAGAUGGAAAUUAUUGUCCUCCUGUGAAACGGGAAAGGACUUCUUCUUUAACUCAGUUUCCUCCAUCUCAGUCAGUAUCAAAAAACAAUGUUUUUAUGCCAUCAACCUUCUGUGAACCAUCUGCAGGCAAUUCUGACUCAGAACCAGAGGAAAAGAGCAGUGGAUUCCGACUGAAGCCUCCCACACUUAUCCAUGGUCAGGCACCCAGUGCAGGUCUACCGAGCCAGAAACCUAAGGAACAGCAACGAAGUGUUCUGCGCCCAGCAGUAUUACAAGCUCCUCAGCCAAAGGCACUCCCGCAAACAGUUCCUAACAGUGGCACCAAUGGUGUUAAUGUACCUUCAGACUGCCUAGGAGCAGCUACAUCUGAAUCAAUAAAUAAUAGUGCACUGAAAAGUUCUUCUGACUCUGCUGACAAGGAGAAAGACCCCCAGAAAAAUGAGUCUAGCAAUACUUCCGAGGAUGAGACCUGUGAGAGAAAAAAUCAAAUUGCACAGCAAGCAUUUGUAUUUGGGCAAAACUUGAGGGACAGAGUUAAGCUAGGACAUGAAAAUGCUGAAACAACUGACCUCCCGAAUGCAGGGCAUCCGAGCUCUGAAACGCCAUCUGCAACAAACUAUUUCCUACAGUAUAUCAGCUCCAGUUUAGAGAAUUCAACAAGUAGUUCUGAUACCUCCAGCAACAAAUUUGUGUUUGGACAGAACAUGAGUGAAAGGGUAUUGAGUCCACCAAAAUCUAGUGAAGCUAGUAUAGAUUCCAGCAAGGACAAUACCGCUGCUGAAUCUGGCUCAGAAUCCUCCUCCCUAGAAGCAACUCCUGAGAAAGCUAAUAAUGUUUCAGAAUCACUGGCAGAGUCAGCAGCCGCCUACACCAAGGCCACGGCCAGAAAGUGUUUACUGGAAAAGGUGGAAGUGAUCACCGGAGAAGAGGCAGAGAGCAAUGUGUUACAGAUCCAGUGCAAGUUGUUUGUAUUUGACAAAACAUCACAGUCUUGGGUGGAAAGAGGCAGAGGACUUCUCAGGCUUAAUGACAUGGCAUCAACAGAUGACGGGACAUUACAAUCCCGACUAGUCAUGCGGACCCAGGGGAGCCUGCGGCUCAUCCUCAACACCAAACUCUGGGCGCAGAUGCAAAUAGACAAAGCCAGUGAGAAGAGCAUCCGAAUCACAGCCAUGGACACUGAGGAUCAAGGAGUCAAAGUGUUCCUGAUCUCAGCCAGCUCCAAAGAUACAGGGCAAUUAUAUGCAGCACUGCAUCACCGGAUCUUGGCAUUACGGAGCAGGAUAGAGCAAGAACAGGAGACUAAGACUCCAGCUCCAGAGCCUGAAGUGACACAGUCAAAUGAAGAAGAUAGCGAUGAUGAUGUCCUGGCUCCUUCUGCAUCCACUGGAGGGGGCACCGGUGAUGAAGGGGAUGGGCAGACAGUUGGGAGCACAUAGCGGCUGGAAGCUCAUCUGCUUGCAAGGCUGCUGCUUUGUCCAUCCCCCAGCAGGCGCCUCAAUCGUUCCAGGCAGCGUUGGCGGCUCCAGGACUUAGGAACCAUGCAUCCCUGUUCUGUUUGUUCGUUUCUUUGGUCUGGAUCAGUAGAUUCCACACAAAGCAGACUCAGAAAACUGCCUGAAUGUGGUUUGGGACAUGAAAGCUCAUCAUAUUGAUGAGCAGAAAAAUAACCUUCCUCCCCCUCUUUUCAUUGAAAUGGCACAUUGACUUGUCACACACAGCCCCUCCUUGGGACCUGAGGAUUCCGUUUCUUCAGUAGCUCAUGUGGCACCAGCCUCCGGAAACUCAUUUUACAGUAACUCCAGGGCUGUAGCCAUAGCUCUUGGGUCUGUCUGUCCUCUCCUUGUUAUCACCUGACUCUCAGAGCCUCUGCCCAAUUGCAAGGGAAGCAACAUUGAGCAAUUUCUGUUCCCCUGAAUCAUCACCCUCAAACUGCUCCUCCUCACCAGUUUGGGCUCCUUGGAGAAUGGACAGGCUGAAUAUUUUGCAUCUUGUCCACCUCCUCAUGAGGGCAAUAUUGCCAGCUUCUGGGCCCUACUCUCUCCACUGGCCCUCUUGUCUAGGUCCAAGCCCCCAGGCAGCAUUGAAGGGCCCAGUGGGUGUGUUUCACUAACUCCUUUCCCUCCUGUGUCCAAUAUUGUUUUGGGGGGUUUCUAUUGUGCUGAUCCUUUUUUUAAAAAGGUUUAUU